AUGGAAAAUGCUGCAGGGAAAAGCAUGAAGAGUGCAAGGUUCGCAGCGGCAAGUGACAGAUGGCGCAAGAGGUCCCUCCUUGGGCCGGUGCUUCUGCUUCUUCUUGAUGCUGCUGUCGUGCUGCUGUUGCUCGCCGCCGUCUUUGCUGACCCCUUUCCCCCCGAACAAGAAGCAGCAGGUGAAGUUGAAUGCCUAUAUAGCUGUCUCUUCCCCACCACUGCACCGGCUCCUGAGCCCCAGAACCAACAGCUGCAGCUUUCGCCGCAGCAAGAAAAUGCAACAGCUGAAUCAGUUAGCUCUGUGGACAAUGGAGGAAGGCCUAGGGCUACGCGGUGCAGCAGCAAGAGUUGCAAUCGUCUCCGUUUGCCUGCUGCGGCAGCUGCUGCAGCUACGGUGGAGCUACUUCGGGGCAGCAGCGGGGCAGCAAUGGCCGCAACAGCGCGCAUCAGUCAGCUGUGUCGGGUAGUCAGGGACAUGGUAGCAGCAGCAGCAUCAGCAGCAGCUGCAGCGAUCAGCCGAGGCAAGGCAACCGCCAGCUCACUGCUGCAGGAUGGUCUGCUGCAGCACCUCCUUGUGCUGCCGAGGGGACCCCCCGUGCUCAUGCCUAAGGGCUUGCUGCUAUUGCCUUCACUUCCACCCCUUUUGUUGCCACCUCCCCACAGCCGCGUGAGGCGUAUCUUCGACUUUCUCCCGGGCUUAUUGUUGCAGGUUUCUUUCUUGCCUCCUGCUCCCCGCCCUCGUCCCAGCAAUAACGCCAGCAGCGGUGAAAGCAGCAACAGAAGGAAGAGAGUCCGGUAUGUGGCUCAUAUUCCAGUGGGUCUCAGCUAUUUGUUUCUCACUAGAUGUGUCCUUCUGUUGAUCAUCGGUGCUUCUUACGUAGCCCUUAGGCGUUCGUGUGCUUCAGCCGCUGCAGCUGCUGCGCAGGCCCACGAAGCAAUAGCAGAAGCAAAUGUAAGGGCUCGUUCUAUUAAGUAUCUCCGUCAAAAUAAAAGGCGUGAGCGCGAAGGCAGCAUCAGCAGCGUGGAAAGUGACAGUAGCAUUGUCAACCGGUGCAGCAGAGGCAACAGCGGCAGCAGCAGCAAGAUGGCCGGAUGCGACACUCUGCGUUGUCGGAUGGAACGGGAGCUCCGCAGAGCAGAUAAGAGGAGACGCCGGAACAGAACUGCUGCUGCUCGGGACUGGCGUCAGUCUAUAUUCAGUUGUCUUUUUUCGUGCUGUUUUGCAGCUUCUGCAGUGAGCCUGACACCGCUCUUGCUGCACGCAUCUGUCUCUCCCUCGAAUGUUCUUGUUGCUGCUACUAUUGCUGCUGCGUGUGCUUUUCACGCAUCGGCCUUAAAGUGCCUGUACCGCAGCAGAGUCACUGCUGCACAACAGCUAAUUAGCAGCAGCAGCAGAAACAACGCCGCGUGCAGUUCGGAUGAAAGCUGCGCAAGCGACAGCUGCACGAGCAACAGGCCUGCAGACCAAAGGUCUGAGAGCACAUGCAACAUCAAUAACGACGGGAGCAGUAGCUGCAAAACCAGAAAUACCGAGAUCCAUUUAAGGGGAGAUGAGGCUGCCCCGCCAACCGGAAAUGGCAGCAUGCGUCCCAUCAACAACAGCAGAGAAGAAUGCGAAGGCAGCAGCAGCUGCAGCAACUGUAGCAGCCGCGUGAUUGAGGAGCGCCACGGCUCAUUGCUGCGAUGUAGAAGCAGAGGUAGCAGCAAGGACAGCAAAGGUUGCGAACAGCUCAGCGCCUGCGCCUGUUCCGAGGCCCCACCUUCGAAAUCUAGCGGCAGCAGCGGCAGCAGCAGCAGCAGCAGCAGCAGCAGCAGCAAGAGCAACGCCAACAGCGGUAGACCCAGCAAGCUCCCUGUUCGCAGUGACGGGGGCAAGGGCAACAACAGCAGCGGUGCUAAUAUGUCUUUCCCUUACUGCAUGCGUGCAGUUGGAUGCAUGCUGUGUGGAGGUGCAGCGGCAGCUGCUGGCGAUGCCUCCUUGAUUUUUGUGUUUGUGCCAGUGCUGCUGCACCUCGCGUUUCGCUUGCCGGUUAAUGAGGCCAGGAUUGUUGGGGCCACAAGCUUGAGCCACAGCAGUACCAGCAGCUGUGACGGCAGCUGUAGUCGCAGUGCUUGCCUGAAGAACAGGUUGGGCCGAGUCUCACGGGCCCUGUUGCUGCUGUUUGUCGCUGCUGCCACAGGCGUGUUGCUUGGCGCUGCAGGAGCUGCAGCUUUGGAGACAUUAGCUGUGAAUGACACGCUGCCGUCUCAACAGCUGAUGGUGUAUGUGUACAGCUCGUUAACGCAGCGCCUGCAGCAUGCCAAGGCUUCGCUACUGUUGUCAGCAGAACGAGGGCUGCAGCAGUUGUUACUUUCUUACCAGUGGAUGGACACCUCAGCAGCUGCUGCACAAAGCGACAGCAGCAGCUUUGGCUGGCACAAGGCAACACGGCUGCUGCUGUGGCAGCGAGAGGCACAGGGUUCCCCGUCUACGGGACGCAUCAGCCUCCAUCAGUAUAUCUUGCAGCUGCCAGGAGGCAUGCUUUUUACCACCUUUGGGCUGCUAUCCCUUGUGCCGUUACUGCUUUUGCCAUUACAGCUGGUGGCUAAGUUGUUGCGUCUUCGCGGGACGCUGCCACCAAAACAUGCAUCAGUCCGCUGGAGCAUAGCCCGAUUCUGCUGGAAGAGGCGGAAUAGCGCGCUACAACUUUCUGAUCACACAGUAAGCAGUAAGAGCAACAGUUGCAGGAGCAGCAGCAGCAACCGCGAAACAAACAUACCCAACAAUGCGGGCGCACCGGGCAACUUCUUUCUCCCCAACGAACAUUCGAUAUCGGGUGAUUCUGGCAUCACUUUGAAGUCUCAAAGAGCAAGUAGCAGUGGCACCGACCGUAGCGUGAACACCAGCAGCAGCAGCAGCCGUUGCGAGAAGAGCAGCAGUAAUGACAGCACCAGGAGCAAGCAAGGAAACAGAGGCAGCGAUGCCUUCAUCCCCUGGUUCAUUUGCUGUGAUUUCGGCUCCCCGUGGCUUACAGGAGCCUUCUGCCUGCUAUUGACAAUGCAGCAGCAAGGCCAGGUAAGUCUACAACAGCAACAACAGCAAAAACAGGACGCGCUGGUGCCGCUUCUGUUGCCUUUCUGUGCUGUAGUGGCGGCCUGUGGAGCAGCUGCAGGGGCAGCACUGCUGCAACAAAUCUUCCCAACAGAGGAGUCGAGCACAGAGUUAGCCACGUUUGGUGCUGCUGCUGCUAUGGGCCGUCGCAGCUCUGCAUUUGCAGCAACAGAAAAUGACGCCUUUUUUGACGACGUAUCUCCGGCCAUGCGUGAUGUGCUUGAGCAAAGUAAGCUUGGGGACUACCCCUGCUGUGGCACCAGGAGCGGUCACAACAGUGUUGCUGCACGUAAAGCAGGCGGAUAUGGUGCAAAGGCGAUUGGCUCUGUGGGUGCAGAUGCCGCGAGCAGUAGCCAUAACAGCAGUGCAAGCAGCAGCAUUAGCGGCUGCUGCGAAAUGGGGGCGCUGCAGCUGCUGCAUGCGGUAUCGGCACGGCUACCGCCACAGGCCGCGUCAGCCGCAAGGCAAUUACGUCGCGCCUCUUUUGCAUGCAUCGAAGCGACACUGAAGAGAAGUCCGACAUUGCUGCAGUUGCGGCGAAUGGCCUUGUGGCAGAAGAAGUUGGCGCGGCGGUUGCUGACACCGCGCGCAGCAGCAGCUGGAGCUGCAGCAGUUGGACUGCUACUGUUGUUUGCUGCUGCCGACGUGAUCGCCCUAGCCAGGCUUGCAGUUGCAGCAUACCUUUCUCCGGGGGGGCACGCGCUGCAUGCGCUGGAGCGACUGUUGCUGUUGCACAAAAAAGAGAUGCAGGCGCAUACCGACGUAGUACCAACAAUAUCAGCAGUUGCAGCAGCAGGGGUUGCGGGUGGGAGUUCCAUCAGGAGCAUAACGGUGCCAACAAUUUUUCGCCAGCUCUAUGAUUCAGCAUUGUAUCCAGAUAUAGGGGAGGCGCUUCCUACUGCUGCUUCUGUGAUAUACAGUCCGUGGAUUGCUGCAGGGGCAGCAGCGCCUGGCUCUGCAGCAGCGGCGGCAGCAGCAAGCGCUGCUGCAGCAGUCCCCAUUGGUACUUUGGAGGAGCUCCUGCAGCCUCUUCACCCCCUGGUAGCAGUUGCGCUGCUUCGGCACAAACCAGUGCAGCAAGAAGCCAUUCGGGCCGCGGCAUGCACUCCCGAGUUUCUGGGGACUCACUUUCACUACUUCUUGACAUCGGGACCCGCUCACAAGAAGCAGCAGCAACAGGCCGAAGAGCAGCACCACCGCUGCACCGUUUAUGUUGCUGCAGAUGCCUUGUCCGUCGGCGUUUCUCCUUUUGCUUCUCCUCCUCCUUCUCGUUGUCUUGUGCAGUUCGGGCCCCCUGGGGAUUUGGAAAGAGCUUUGGCGUCGUCAGCCUUCAACUUCGUGAUCACAGCAACCCCACCUGACGUCUUCCCUGGCCCACUCUGCAGCAGGAACAGCAGCAACGACAACAGGAUUAAAUACUGUUUGCUGUUUGCUUCUGUUGGUUUAGCUGAGGUGCGCCUUGACGCUGCUCCGCUCUUGCAGCUGUUGGGGAUGACACCUUCCCGGUGGAUGCCACAGAAGCCGCAUAUUGCACAGCAGCGCUGGCGGCUGCUACAGCUGCGGGAGAGAGACUCACAGAAAGGUCUGCUAUUGAUGUCUCUGCAGCACAGAGCAUUUGUGUACUACUGCGCUCAUCCUAUGCCCAGACGUAGGAGGCUUAGGAGGCGGCAAUCGGAUCAGCAGUAG